GCAGCGUUUUAUGUGGUCCGACUCGAAGACCGUGCUGUCGUGGAUCCACUCCGACCACCGUCGGUACAAGCAGUUUGUGGCGUACCGGAUCGGCGAGAUCCACAGUCUAACGAAGCUCGCAGAAUGGAGAUGGGUGCCGACGAAGCGCAACGUGGCCGACGCGUUAACGAAGUGGGAAAAGGCGCACAGCCUGCGACCAAGCGGACCAUGGUUUCGUGGCCCAGACUUUCUGUACCAGCCGGAGGAUUUUUGGCCGGAGCAAGAGGCAGUGACACCGAACACUAGCGAGGAGACCCGAGCGUGUUUGCAUUUCCACGAAAUUGCAGUCACUGAGCCGAUGGUGGACCCGCUGCGGUUUUCGAAGUGGAAGAUUCUGGUCCGGACGGUAGCGUGCGUCUACCGGUUUGCAUCGAACUGCAGAAGGAAGAGAGAUGGGCUGGUGAUCGAAGUCGUACCGGCCACUGCAAGAAUCAGCAGCGUCGUGAAGAAACACGUGCGAACGAAGCUAGUGCCGCUGAAGCGGGACGAAUACCGGAAAGCGGAGGCGUAUCUCUGGAGGUCGGCCCAAGCCGAUUGCUUCGGAGACGAGGUCUGCACAUUGGUGAAGAACCAGAAGCAGCCAAACCAGCAGCAGCAACCAGUAGAGAAGAGCAGUAGCCUGUACAGCUUGAGCCCGUUCCUGGACGCCGAGGGUGUACUACGGAUGGAAGGCAGAGCGGCGCAAGGAUCGUCGCUACCAUUCGAGCUGCGGUUUCCGAUUAUUUUGCCGAAAAAGCAUCCGGUGACCGACAAGCUGCUCGACCACUAUCAUCAGCAAGUAGCUCACGGGAACACGGAGACCGCAGUCAACGAAAUUCGGCAGCGUUUCUACGUCCAGAAUCUGCGAGCGGAACUGAAGAAGAUCGGAAGAAUGUGCGUCUGGUGCAAGGUGCAGAAGUGUCGCCCGUCGAACCCGAGGAUGGCUCCGUUGCCGGAGUCGCGAGUGACGCCGCAUCUGCCACCGUUCAGCCACACCGGCGUGGACUACUGCGGACCGCUGACUGUUACUGUCGGCCGCAGAUCAGAGAAGAGGUACAUCUGCCUGUUUACCUGCAUGACGACGAGGGCUGUCCACCUUGAGGUCGCUCACAGCCUGACAACUCAAGCGUGUCUGAUGGCCAUACGGCGGUUCGUGUGUCGCAGAGGGAAGCCGCUAGAGUUCUACUCGGACAACGGCACAAAUUUCCAAGCAGCAAGCAAGGCCAUCAUGCAGCGAAUCGAGAUCGAGUCAGAGGACGAAUUUACGGAUUCCAGGACCCGCUGGAAUUUCAACCCGCCCAGCGCACCUCACAUGGGCGGGGUUUGGGAGCGAUUGGUUCGCUCCGUGAAGGCAGCACUGACCGUGCUGAACGACGGGCGGACGAUAACGGACGAAGUGCUACUGACGACGAUAGCGGAGGCCGAAGACCUCAUCAACUCCCGGCCACUAACGUACGUUGGCCUGGAACCAGGAGCAGAGGGAGCGUUGACGCCGAACCAUUUUGUUCGCGGCGUUGGCGCAAUCAGCGAGGAGCUUUCAGUUCCACCGACGAGCGAAGCCGAAGCACUGCGGGACCGCUACAAGCGGUCACAGCGACUGGCGGACAAGCUGUGGGCUCGGUGGGUGUCCGAGUAUCUGCCAUCCAUCAACCAGCGGACGAAGUGGCUCUCCGAGUCGCCGCCACUAGCGUGUGGUGAUCUAGUGUACAUCACCGAUGAGGCCGUGCGGAAGAGCUGGAUCCGGGGCAUCGUGACGGACGUCUACCCGGGAGCGGACGGCAGAAUCCGGCAGGCCAUGGUCGAGACGAGCAAGGGUAAGUUUAGGAGGCCGGUGACCAGACUGGCUGUGCUCGAGGUACAGGAGGGUAAAUCCGGUGCAGCCGAGGAGCCCCACCAGAGUUACGGGAGGGGGUGUGUUGGCACAGCCCCGUACCACCCGUCGACAGCGCAACCACUGCGCAACAUACGUUCCACGCAAGGCAAGACAACACCGGUGGAUGGAUAAACGGUGAGCAGAGCAUAACUGUCAGUGAGUAUGUUGGUGUGAGAGGGAGAUGGUAAAAAUAUAAACGGUAAAUAAAAUUAUAAACAAAAACAGAACGAAGAAUAUCAAAAUGGUCAAAUUAAGUUUCGAGUGAAGAAGUGUUGCUUGAGGAGGUAGAUUUUUGCGCUGAAAGUGAAGUUAGAGAAGUAGUUUGCUUGCUGAAAUACCAAAUAAUAAUUUCAAAGUAAAUCUAAAGGUGAAAUAGCCGUCGAUCCGACAGUGAGCCGCCAUACCUGCGAGGAAUAAGGGAUUAUCGAAGAAAACUAUAAAAUGUGAGUAAAUAGUAGAAAUUACUGAAAAGAACAAUUAUAACAAUGUGAAUUUGUUUAUUCCUUUUGAUUAUUUUGAACAUAAAUAUAGUUUCAAGCUGCUUGCAAAAGUUUAAAUUGCCUGCUGUGAAAAUUCUGUUUUCAUUAGGGUGGUCCAAAAA